AUGUCAAACAACCAGCCCCAAGUCGCCCCACCCACGCAUUCCAGCCGCGACACUUCAAGAUGGUCGUGGUGGUACCUAGGUCUUGGAGUCGCAGCACUCGCUACCUUCGUCCCCGCUAUGACCUCCAGCUCAGAAGCACGAUGCCCUCAAGCACCCAUUCAAUAUGCCCAAUUGCAAGAUGAAAUGACAACAUCCAUGCUAAAGAAUUUAAGCUCAGACUGGUUUCAAGAGCAUAGUAUCAAACGAAUGACAGGUGCCAUUCAAAUCCGAACAGUAGCAUACGACGACAUGGGCGCAGUCGGCCAAGACCCUCGUUGGGAAGUCUUUGACGAAUUCGAGAACUAUCUACAAACUACGUUUCCCAAAGUCUAUGAGAAACUCAAACUCGACAAGGUCAACAGUCACGGACUUUUGUACACGUGGACUGGCAGUGACACAACUCUAAAGCCAACGGUAUUGAUGGCGCACCAGGACGUUGUACCGGUUCCUGAAACGACUGUGUCACAAUGGGAUUAUGCACCUUUCAGCGGUGAAUUUGACGGUUCAUCCAUCUGGGGCAGAGGUGCCUUGGAUUGCAAAAACACACUAAUUGCAUCUUUGGAAGCGGUAGAGGCUCUGAUAGAUUCAGGAUUCAAGCCGCGACGCACAAUCAUCCUCUCGUUCGGAUUUGAUGAGGAAAUAUCUGGCCAUCACGGAGCUUCGUUCCUUGCAUCAUUCCUUCUUCAACGUUAUGGAGAAAAUGGUGUAUCGCUCAUUAUCGAUGAAGGUGCCCCCAUUCUGCCUAUAUGGGGUACUCAUUUUGCUAUUCCCGGCGUAUCCGAAAAGGGCUACGUCGAUGUUGAGAUCGUUGUCCGUACCAAGGGUGGGCACAGUUCAAUGCCGCCUUUACAUACCAGCGCCGGUAUAGCCGCCGAGCUAGUGAGCAGUAUCGAGAAAACUCCGUAUCCGCCUCAGCUUCAUCAAGACAAUCCACUACUCGACUUUCUGUGGUGCGGUGCCGAGCAUGCCCCAGGUUUUAUGACAGGACUCAAGUACCUUCUUCCUCGAAGAGGCAGUACAGGCAUACUGGAGAACAUGAAGCGACUGUCGUUCCCGAAACUUGUUUCUCGCGUUAAUAAGAUGGCUGGGUAUCUUAUCUCAACCACUCAGGCAGUUGACGUCGUGCAUGGUGGCGUCAAAGUCAACGCGCUACCUGAACGGACAACUGUCUUGAUCAAUCACCGCGUCAAUGUUGGAGAGAGUUCAGAUCUAAUUCGACACAAGAUCACCAAGCUCGCUGGUGUGAUCGCGAAAAGACAUAACCUUACCCUGCAUGCAUUCGAUGAUUCUAAAGAAAAAGAGUCGUCAAUACUCGUUCGUUUCAUGGGUAGCGUGCUUGAACCCGCACCCGUGACUCCCACUCAUGCGGGCAAUGAAGAAUCCGACACCCCGUGGUCCGUGAUAUCCGGCACCACCAGAGCUCUCUACGGAAAGCAAGUAGUCAUGGCGCCUGGGAUAAUGCCGGCAAAUACGGACACAAAAUACUAUUGGAAGCUAAGUCGGCACAUAUUUCGGUAUUCUCCGGGAUGGGAUCCAGAGACACUUUCAAUUGAGGGCAUACACACGGUCAAUGAAAGAGUCAGCGUGGUUGCGCACAUCAAGACUGUGCAAUGGUAUGUUUACUUCCUCAAGAAUGUGGACAAUGCAAGGUUCAGUUGA